UGUUUUUGUUUUUUACCGAUUCUGCUCUUUUCUGUUAGACUUUGUUAAUAUCUUUCUUGUUUUGUUCUCUUUCAUUAUGUACAUCUGUCUGUUUGUUUGCCUUCUCUAUAUUUAAAUGUAUAUGACUUGUAUGUGUGUAUAUGUACAUGUAUGUAUGUAUGCAUAUAUGUGUGUAUGUGUUUGUAUGUUUAUAUAUAUAUAACUAUUUUUGUGUUCCACUUCCAUUCUGACCUUGAUGUAGGGAGAGGGCUAAAAUAGACUGUGUCUGUUGCCCAAUCCUAUUCAUUUUUUAAUAAAAUAUUGGUGGGUUUUUUUUUUAAUCAAAACAUAAAUAUUAUGAUAUGAUUGAAUAUUUCCUAGCUUUCUGACUGGCUGAGAUCCUAACAAAAUAGUAAGAAUAAAAUAUUAUAUUCACCCCUACGUGCAAUCGAGGUGAAUAUAACAAUUAAGUUUACCAAAAUCGGAUAAAAAAUAAAUAGGAAAUUAUCUAUAAGCUAUUUUAUAGGUUGAUUAUAAUGUUUUGGUCAUCCAAUGAAAACUCAAAUCUCUAAUCACGUUCGGCUAGAUUUUGCACACCGGCUGUAAACAAAGAUGGCCGAAUUAGAAUUGUUAAGCAAUCAAAUGAUAAAACAAUUAUUCACAGUAAAUAUCAUGCUUCAACUACCCUCGAAAUAUUAUAUUCACCGAGCCUUCCGGGCUCAGUAAAUAUUGUACUUCUCCGGUUACUAAGGCAUCGUAUAUAUGGACAUCAACAAUACCAAUAACUGUAUAUUAUCAUAUAAUAUGGUAGCUAUACACAUCUCACUAAUUGGUUGUUUUUUUCUUCUUCUGAUAUGCCAUAAGAUAAAACAAAAUAAUAAAGAAGUAAUAGACAUUCGUUAAAUCCAAUCAGUUAUAUUAGAAACCUUAAGAUAUAAUACAAAUUAUCUAUAUCACGCUGAUACAUAUGUUGUAUUAGAAACCUUAAGAUAUAAUACAAAUGUUAUGAUUCAGUCCUGUGUACAAACUUUUUUAUUUUCAGUGGAAAGAUUAAACCUAGAGAAAAAAUAUUUAUUUCAAUGAGUAAUAUGCGUACAAAGCAUCUAAAAAAGUACCUAUGUUUUUAUAUAUUCCUCUUUACUUUUUCAAAAAUCACUUUUACUUGAAUAUUGCGUAAGAAAUUCACCAUUGUGACUAUGUAGAAAAUUGCUAAAAAUAGCCUAAACUACUUCGAAACAAUAGCCGUCGUUCGAGCUCGUCAAAUCCCAGAAAUAUAUGACAAAAAAUGUGAUUCUACGUCGUGACAUACAAUAUAGCAGCUGUUGACUUUCAAUUAGGAGGAUUUCGGAAACAACGCAUUUAAGCUGCAAGUGCCGACAAUUCUAAAUAUUUCCCUUUUCUCGCGAUUUUGCUCAAAAUAAAUCGAGGGUCUUCUUCCUCAGUCGCUUUAUCAAAGAGUUGAUAGAGUCAAAUGGAAGCGUUAACGUGAGCUGAUCCACCAUGUAAUCCCAGUCAUUGAACCGUUUGGCUGAAGGAUAAUAAAGAACUUGAACUGAACACUAAGACAUGGAAACGAUUUCUUCAGAGUUUAUAAACAAAAUACUGAAAUUAACCUCAAAAAGAAAACGAAGAGUGCAAUUUCAUCGAAAUGAACCAAAAAUAUCAGUAUCGGUAACUCCAACAGCCAAAAAUAUCAGUACUGGUAAUACUUAGGGAUAUUUUAGACCGAUGAUUGCAAAAAUUUCUAAACUAAUUUGCAAUGGUUGAUUUUACGAGGUUGAGAAUAUUGCAGACCUCAAUGUGUUUUGGUCUAUAUGGUCGAUUAUAUCCGUAUGACUCCACAAGUUACGUCACUACAGUCGUACCUUGACUCCAACACUGCAUAUUGUUGCAAACUUAUACGCCUUGUACAUCGUGGGGGGUUUCCCCCCUAAUAUCUGUCUUAUUUUGUUAAAACAUGCUCACAUCUUAAUCUUCCAAACUUCAUUAAAUUAUAUGAUUUCAAAGAAAAUAUUGUCUGAAGUGAAAAGACUGUCUAAAGUGAAAAGACUGUCUAAAAUGAAAAUACUGCCUAAAGUGAAAAAAAUACUGAAUAAAGUGAAGGGGAAAAAAUACUGAAUAAAGUGAAAAUACUGAAUAAAGAAAAACACUGAAUAAAGAAAAAUACUGAAUAAAGUAUCAUUUUGGAUGAAUCUUAUAAUGUCAGAUUUUAAAAUCUAAAACUAAUUAGCAUUACCGUAUUAGGAGUUUUAAAGCUAACAUAUUGUAAAUCAUAUAAAAGAAAAACCGAAUCUCGGUGCUUUAUAUUACAUGUAGCAAAUGAAAUCCCAAUUAUGUCCUUAAACAAGUAUAAUUUCCUAAAUUCGAAAUGCAUAGUAACCAAUGAUUUUCUCUCCGAAAUCAAUAGUUAGAUAAUUAAUUAAACAUUUUUUUUUAAUUUAAAAGCAUGAGAAAAUAUUUUAUAGUAUAUCCUUUGUAGUAAAAUAAAAAAAAAGUGUAUAUGUUGUAUGUUGUAUUGAAAACCUUGUCAUAAUAUUAUAAAGUACAUUCACAAAUAAUAAUACAUAUAGGUCAUAUGAACUGUGUAAAAGUGAAUUGUUUAGUUGAACAAACUGCCUGUAAAACUUCUGACCUGAGAAAAAAAAACCCGGAAAAUUGAUUAGAGUAAAGACUAUACUAUUACUGUUCAAUCUUUAGGGAGACCCAUGCAUCAUCUGAAUCAUGCUUCAAAUAGCGGGUUAACCAUGAUCGGAAAAUACAAACAGGUAUAAAAUAAUCUAAGUUUAAAAUUUCCUACUUAAGAAAUGUUUGGUUUAUGGUCUAAGCUUACUCCUCCUUCAGAAAAUCAAUCACCAAUGACUAUUUGAUUAAUGAUUUGUUACACGAGGAAAUAAAUUUCAAUUACUUUUCGUGACACGGGAAUUGUGUAACCAAGUCACAUGCUAUUCAUAUGCAUACAAAUGUAGAGUUAUUUACGCCUAGAAAAAUUACUUGGUGAAUUCUAAAAUGACGUGAACAUCAUCGACACCUGUGCAAUAAACUAUUUUUAAUUUAAAAAGUUUAUAAUGUGCUAUGAUUCGUGUGUAAAAGAAAGCGUCUUACUUGACCUCAAUUUUAUAUGAUGGUCAAGACAGCAUCUUCUAAAAACAAAACCAAAAAAUAACAAAACUUGAUACCUGCAACAGAUUAACAAAAAUGGAAGAUAUUACUGAACGAACAGAAAAUCUAGAACACUUAUUUCUUGUAUAUUUACUUGCCUAACUAUCGACGUAACUAUUGUCGUCUGGAAUGGAUUAUUAUAUAUAUCUUAUAUAACAGAAAUUCGAUGCCUCGAUAAUAUUUUAAGAUCUAUGUAAUUUUCAAAAGGUUUGUAAGUGUAUUUAGUAAUCAUAUUGCAAGGGAUUGAAAUAUCGGGAAGAGGGGAAAUCUUAAGUAUAAAGAUUUCCCAAUAAGGAGUAAGUCUCCGAACUAUUCUAGAACAAAGACAGUCGGACAUAGUUGGUUCCUUGUUUGGCGGGUUUCAUUAACAUGUAUCAAAAUCUUCGUUGUUGAUAAUAAAGCACGUGCACGCGUCCCAUCGUUCAUGUACGAUGAUAAACUUAUCAUUUAAUUUGUAUACAAAUUCUACAAGCGCAUUGCACACUUGUACCAAGAUUAGAGUCUUGAUAUCCCGAUUAAUAAUAGAUUAACUUCACCAUUUGAGCAGUCUCGCCAUGGAGGGGCGGCACUCUGUGAUAACUCCCCUCUCAUUAGGCGCUAAUUUAGUGCAAUAUUUGCAUUGAACAAAAGCCCCUUUCACUUGCGCGAUAACGCUGUCCUUGGAGUGGAAUGCGAAUCCUCUUGUCCAAUUGUUGUCAAAGCAUCAAUUUGUCUAAAGAUGUUUACAGCCACUUUACUGAAUGUAUCAAGACAAAAUCUAUCACCUGUAUUUAUGGUUAGGUGUUAGACCUGUUGUUGACUCAUCAGCUCAUUGGCUAACAGUAAGAUUAACGCGGUAUUCUAUUAACGACCUUCUAUCCACCCAAUAAGUACUAUAGAUCAACAUUCAUCUGGUAAUCAUAUAAUGGAUCAAAAUCUACUGAAGCACAUUUGUAAACGAACAUAAAAGACGUUCCGAACUUUUUUAACUGGUGUUGCUGCUGAAGUUUUUUGUUGCGCCACCAGGCGACGCUCGGCGAUAAUAGCGGAAGUAUCAUUGAGAUGCGAUAUAUCCACGCCCCCUAUAGGCCUGUGUAUAUAUUUCCAGUUUUACACUUUCCUACUUACUUACUCACUCACUUGAAGAGGACAAACAGUUAUAUUAAAACAUUAUACUUAACUUGUUUUAUAUAGCAAAAUAAGCAAGGAUAUACUUUUAUUGAACUUUGUAAUUUUGAUUAUUCAGUAUGAGUAGUCCAGUGAGCAGCGUACCGUACUCCAGCCUGUUCGACAUGCGCCAUUUGGAGGACACCCCACCAACACGGCCUCUGUACUCCAUGACACACCCGCUUUCCUAUUCCCGAGACAUGUGGAAAUAUUAUCCCUACAACACAUACCAUGCCCUCUACAGCAACUACUACAAUUCCUGUCUCAUCCCGGAGCGCGUGAUGCUGGGAGUACCGAGUCAACAGACGACAGGUCUCGAUCUCUCCUGCUCUUCCUCCAGCUCACUAUCAGACGACAACCUCUCGCCAGGAAAGCGCUCUUUUUCGGACAUGACGAUUGAAGAGGAGAAAAAGACUUCUAAGCCCUUUGACUUUCACCACAUGGCAGAGUCAGUAAUAAGAGAAGAAGAGGAAACUGGAGACAGAUCCCCCGUCAACAAGGACCCUCUCAUCAUCAGUCACGCCCUGGAGUACAUUUCAUAUCUGGAGCAAGCAAGACUGCGCUCUUACAUGCCAAUGAAGUUUCCUCUUCAACUAUCCAAAUGUGGUUCCAUCCCAGAGCGCCGGGGCAGACGUCACAAGAAGCAAAAGAAGGAGUAUAUUUGUAAAUACUGUGGUCGCCAUUUCUCCAAGUCCUACAAUCUUUUGAUCCAUGAACGGACGCAUACGGACGAGAGACCUUUCCCGUGCGACAUCUGUGGCAAGGCCUUCCGGCGCCAGGAUCACCUAAGGGAUCACAGGUACAUUCACUCCAAGGAAAAACCCUUUAAAUGUGUUACGUGUGGAAAAGGAUUUUGUCAAGCUAGAACGUUAGCUGUGCACAAACAGACGCACGAGCAGGGCUCAUAAAGGCUUGAAGGAAUACAUUACUUGGAUUCAUUGGUGCUUCUGGUGUCACGUGCUCAAAUAUUUCUCAGCGCGGGAAGACUCAAACUUCCUUUCGUGCAAGAAAACGGUCUGUUCCUACAAACUGAGUAUCAGAAACAGUUGGGCGAAUUAUCUCCGAGUUCGUGAAAACACAGGACGUGGAGACCGAAGGGAUUGUGCUGCUUAAUUUUGUUAUGUUAUAGUUGGAGACUUUAUUGUUGGUAAAGUUGUUAGUGCAUCUUUGUUGGUUUUUUAUAAAUAUGUAAUAUAUCAUUUUGAACUACUUGUCUAUGGCAUAUUCAUUCAUAUGCGAUUUACAUACAAAACAUUCCGAGAGAGAGAGAGAGAGAGAGAGAGAGAGAGAGAGAGAGAGAGAGAGAGAGAGAGAGAGAGAGAUUGUACAUACAAACAAUGAAUUAAAUUCUAAAAGCAUA